AUGACAUUGGGAGGAGAUGAGAUGACAACCAGGCAUAUAGAGGAUACAGUGGAUUAUGGGACUCAGGAACAUGGUCAUGUUCAGGGGUCCAUUGCAGCAGAUAGACCGAGGAGAGUAAUUCGUUGGCCAGCUAGGCUUCAGCUUCAAAAGGAAGCGGUUUCAGGAGAUGUGGAAAAUUUACCAAAAUACAGAGGCAUGUUAGGCACUGUAUCUACAAUUGCUAGAGAAGAAGGCUUGGCAAUACUUUGGAAGGGUAUUGUGCCAGGAUUACAUCGUCAAUGUGUAUUUGGAGGCCUACGGAUUGGACUGUGUGAGCCGGUUAAAUCCUUGUAUGUUGGUGAGAAUUUCGUUGGAGAUAUUCCUCUAACCAAGAAAAUACUUGCUGGUCUUACAACUGGUGCUAUAGCAAUAACAGUCGCUAAUCCAACUGAUUUGGUGAAAGUACGACUUCAAGCUGAAGGCAAGCUAUUUGAAGAAUCCUAA